AUGUAUCCCUUAUGGCUAUGGUACAUCCUCAUCCUAACCGUAGCCGUACAGGCCAUUGGCUUUGAUCUCGAUAACCCAGAAUCCAUCAAAACCUCCCUAAAACCCAUAACCGCCUCCCUCCUAACCCACUACACCGGCAACCAUCCGGGCGACAACCCCGGCAACCUCCCCCCCCCAUACUACUGGUGGGAAGCAGGGGCCCUCUUCACCACCCUGCUCAACUACCACCACCUCACCCACGACACCACCUACCUCCCAUUAACCAUCCAAGCCCUAACCUGGCAAUCCGGCCCCAGCGGCUCCUUCAUGCCGGCCAACCAAACCCGCACCGAAGGCAACGACGACCAAUCCUUCUGGGCCUUCGGCGCAAUGUCAGCCGCAGAACAGAACCUGCCUGAUCCUGCGCCGGAGUUGAAUGUCCCGGGGUGGUUGGGCAUGGCGCAGGCGGUGUUUAAUACGCAGGCGGAGCGAUGGGAUACAGGGACAUGUGGGGGCGGGCUACGCUGGCAGAUAUUCCCGUUUAACGAGGGAUGGAUGUAUAAGAAUACGAUUUCGAAUGGGGGGUUUUUUCAAUUGGCGGCGAGGUUGGCGAGGUUUACGGGCAAUGGGACGUAUGCUGAGUGGGCGGAGAGAGUGUGGGAGUGGACGGAGGAAACGGUGGGGUUUGUGACGCCUGAGUUUAGGGUUUGGGAUGGGGCCGGGGUGGAAAGUGAGUGUAGGAGUUGGGAUCGGAUUGAGUGGAGUUAUAAUUCGGGGGUGUUUUUGUUGGGGGCGGCUGUUAUGUUUAAUUUGACUGAAUCCCCCACCUGGCGAGCCCGAACGGAGGGUCUCCUCAACACCAGCAGCAGCAUCUUCUUCCAAGACGACAACGUCAUGUACGAGCGGGCCUGUGAACCAGUCAAUACCUGCGAGGUCGAUCAACGGUCCUUCAAGGGGUAUUUGGCGCGGUGGAUGGCCGCCACGACGCAAAUGGCUCCGUUUACUGCGGAUCAAAUCAUGCCUAAGAUACGGGCUUCGGCGAAGGCAGCGGCGGAGACGUGUACUGGGGGAGAGAGUAAUGUGACGUGUGGGUUGAAAUGGACGGAGCGGAAAUGGGAUGGGAUGGAUGAUGUCGGGGUGCAGAUGGCCGCAUUGGAGGUCAUGCAGUCGACGUUGAUUGGGAUGGUGGAGCCCCCGGUUACGCGGGAUACGGGGGGUAUGAGUCAGGGGAAUCCGGGGGGAGGGGAGCCAGGGCAGGAGAAGCAGCCUGUGCCCGAGGGGUUGAGGAGGGAGAUUACGCAUGGGGAUCGGGCGGGGGCGGGGUUAUUGACGGUGUUGGUGUCGUUGGUGGUGAUGGGGUCGACGGGGUGGUUGGUUUAUGAGUGA